GCCUCUAGUUUCAAAAUAUAUCACGAGUAAUCUUGUCGCCGAACUUUCUUUCGCUUGUUAUGUGCUUCUGCGCCCUACUUGGGCUCUCGCAACAUCUCCACUCAAUUCUGUACACUCCUCCUCCAUCAUGGCUUUCGCUAUUUCCAACGCCUUCCGUUACCCUCAUCCUCAAAUUCGUGACAGGAGCUCACUCCUUACCCUUCGAACUCCCAAAUCGCCUUCUUUUGUCAGGCUUCCCCCUGGAAGGGUGUUACAGAGCAGGAUUGUGAUACGUGCUGCUUCGUCUGCGGCUGGAAACCCACAGUCCGAUGCUGACUUUAACCCAUAUGAGGUUCUUGGUGUUAACCCAAUAGAGGGAUUUGACAAGAUCAAACAGACAUAUGGAAGAAAACUUAAAGAUGCUCAGAGGAGUGGUGAUGAAGACACUGCUGCUCUACUUGAGAAAGCAUAUGAUAAGCUCAUGUAUUCCCAGCUAAUGGAUAGGAAAAAGGGUGUGACUUUCGGUUCGUUUAAGGUUUCCAAGGACAUUAAAUAUGCUGAUAAGCAACCCAUGAUACCAUGGGGUCCAAGGUAUUCCAAGUCCCCCAGAAAUGAUAUGUUGAUCAACCUAGCAAUAGCCGCUGUGUUUAGUGCAUGGAUUGCCAUAAAGCGCAGUGUUGAAUACAAACCGCUGCAGUUUAUGUCUUUUGUAUUUGUUUACAGAAUUUUUGAGAAAUUAAAAUCCUUUGAAGCACCUUCAUCUCCAACAUAUAACGAGGAAGGCGAAGAUAACGGACGGGGAUUGAGAAUGGGAAAGAGGCUUCUUCGGUCUCUUUCAUUAGUUUUUGGCUCUAUACUUGUGGCAUCUUUGGCGUACACCGGGAUCUUAAAUGGCAUCGAGUACAUGGGCAGCUCCAUACCCAUUGUUCUUUACAAUAACCAGGAACUUAUAGUGACGGCCUCAUCAGCUUUGAUGCUCUAUGUUAUGGCGUCGUAUUACAGAUAAUGCGAGAGAGCCCACGUGAGACUUGAUCUAUCAGAGGGUUUUUGAAAAGUUUUUGCUGUAUAGCCUGUGGCUGAGAUGAAAAGUUUAUUUUCUUGGGAGAUUGAAUAUGUUUUCUAGAAAAUCAAGUUAAUUUACCAUUAGAGAAAAACCCUUAGAAUCGCAUGUUGAAGUAUGGACCUUGGUCGACGAUUUCUAAAAAAUAAUAUGUCGAGGUAUACUGCUGCACUAAAUGCUCUUUAAUCAUAAUGAUUUUGCUUUUGAUUAUCAGAAAUAAUAUGUUAGUAAUACUGUAGCU